AUGGAAGAGGUCAUGACGACACUCAAGGAGAAGGACAUCGCCCAGGAAAGUGACGGACACAUGGUCAUCGACUUCACAAAGCACAGCGGCGUGAAGAAGGGCCUAGGCAGUGUUGUUGUUCGCUACCGCAAUGGGUCGAGCACUUAUCUCCUGCGGGAUGUCGCUGCUGCCAUCGACCGCGAGCGAGCCUUUGCUUUCGACAAGAUGAUUUAUGUGGUGUGCUCGCGCCAGGAACUCCACCUUGCGCAAGUGUUUAGCACUUUGGACCUGAUGGGCCGGUCUGAUUUGCGUGAGAAGCUUCAGCACGUGGGUUUCGAUCGCAUUCAACACCUGUCAGAGCGGCUUGGGGGCGUGCGGACUCUUGACGCGAUCAUCGACGGGACCUCGAAGCUUAUGCGGGAAGCUAUCGCGGCGGAGUUGCUGGCAGAAAAGGCUUCUGGGGAUGGGGAUGGGGAGAAUGUAGGGGAAGAGGCCUUGGAGGUCGCCCACAUUGGCGAUACGGCCGCCAUCAGUGCCAUUUUGGAUCAGGAUAUGAGCCACCGACGCAGCACAAGAUCGACCUUCGACCCAAAACGGAUGAUUUCACUUGCCGGCUAUACAGGCCUGCAGCUUCAAGAGUGUCAUGCCAUGCUGCAGCUGAACAUCGCAGAGCUGCAGAAGCAGGUCCAGGCUGAGGAGGACGCAUCCAUCGACUACUCGGUGCUGGAACAGGAAGACGCCGCUGAGCUUCUACGGAUGAUGGCACAAUAUCCAGAGAUGACCUCUUCAGUGUUCAAGUCGCUGGAACCCAGCAUCGUUUUGGCUUAUCUCCAUCGCCUUGCAGAUGCGAUCAAAACUUGCCUCGAUUCGGAAGAAGGUCUGGACGAAGAUGAAGAGGGAAGCGAAGACGAGGGCGGCGAAGACAGUGAUUUCGGCAAUAAGACGCCGACUGUCGGUCAGUUAAAGGCAAACCUUUCGAUGUACGAAAAUGCCCGGCAGGUUUUGGAGAACGGCCUGCGGCUGCUGAACAUUCCCAUUGUAGCCUAG